AUGGGCCGCUCACGAACUAAAGCGACAAUUAAUUCCCUUUCCGAAGAAACUGACAUAAAGGGAUUUUUGAAUAAGAAACAAAUGGAUGAUAAUAGUAAGGGUAUUGCUAAAGACGUAUCUGUACCAAUAAAGUGUUCUGUUGUUAAAGUAGAAAAAUGUGAUCAUUAUUCUAUGAAUGAAAAUGGUCCAGUUAAAGAAGUUGUUAAUUAUGGUGGCACAUUCAGCAUGGAUGAAUGUGGUGUUAAUAUAUCUGAACCUGCAGGAAUUGGCACAGAUGUUAGUACCUACGAAAUACAUUACGGGAGAGAUUGUUCACUCGGAAACAAUUAUAUUCCUGAGAAAGAUUUAGAAGUUUUUAUGAGUGGAUUAGAAGAUGGUGGAAGUAAUUCCAAAGAAGUCGAUGACGACAUUAUAAUCUUAGAUGAUGGUGGGCCUGUGCCAGUUUCGCCAAAUGAAAGUGAAAAAUGUGAAAUAAAUACACUGCAAGAACAAUUAGAUGCAGAAAUACAAAAAUAUGUUGAAAUGGAUGCAGCCAUAUCUAAAGUUUUCAAAACAUCCAAUUGCUAUCGGAGGUUCAAGGAAAAGGAAACAGAACAACCUUUGGAGGAUAAUGUGUAUGAUGAUAAUGAUGAUGAUGACCUUAUGCUUCUAAACAACUCUGAUGAAGUAACAAUAAUAUCAGAUUCUGAUGACGAAAACAAGAAUGAGAACUCUAAAGAAUUUGUAGAAGACAAUGUUAAAAUUAUAAACUCUAUAGAAAGAGAAGAAUCUAAUACAAAUUUUAAUACGAAAGUGAAGGAAGAACCAAACUAUGAUGCAAAUAUUUCAUGUCGGAAAGAUGGUACAAUAGAAGCGCAUCCAGAACAUAACGAAAAAGUUGACACUUUAACUGCAAAAGAUAAUUCUGAAAUAGAAACUUAUAAUGUGGUGAAAGAAUCUCAUUCAGGUCAAUCUAUUAUUGCCAAAAGAAAAAAAGAAGAUAAUGUGACAUGUCCACAUAACGAGGAUCGCAAUACGGAACUAGGAACUAAUGUGAAAAAUAAACCAAAACAUGUUAAUAUAAAGAUUUCGGGUCUGGGCAAUGGCACGUAUGCCUCAUACCUACAAGACAAAGAUUGUAGUAUGAGGCAUAGUAUAGAAGUAAAAGAAGAACCAGGGGACGCUUCAUGUCUACAAGAUACAGAAUUAAAUUUGCAUCAUAGUCCUGGUGUGAAAGAUGAACGAGAAGACGAAAUAAUUAUGUCACAUUCAAGUGAUGAUUCAAAUGCAUCAUAUCCACAAGAUGUAGAAUUUAAUUUGAAUCAUACAACUGAAAUAAAAGUAGAGGCAAUAGAUGAUAUAGUUAUGUUUUAUUCAGGUGAUGAAACUGCGUUAUGUCCACAAGAGGUACAUUAUGACAAGGUUAAUAUUAUCGGGAUGAAAGGUCCAGUAUGUGAUGCUGCAUUAUCGUGUGGCGAAAAUAAGCAGCUAGCAAAGAGGAAAUGUAUCGAAAACUUAAAAAAAUAUGCUGUUAGAGGAGUAUCAGAUAAGGGGGAUUCGAGAGAACCUAUUAAAAAGAAACAUAAUGUAUCUAUUGUAAAUGUUGAAGUCUUCUAUUCAUGUAAAAAGUGUCCGUUUCGAGGGUGCUACAAUGAUUAUAUUGAACACAUAACUUCGAAUUGCGUUGCUAUGUCUUUUUAUUGUUCAACUUGUAUUACAGUCUUUUCGACUUUAAAACUUUACGUGCACCAUUUAACACGCCAUAAUUACAAAUUUUUAACAUGUCCCAAUUGUAAACGGCAGUUUAACGAGGACUCGAGGUUGUGCUCACACAUAAUUUCACACUUAACAAACUUCUACAUGAAGUCGCAAGAUGUACAAAACAUGGAUCUAUCACCUUCACAAAAGAACGAUAUCCUUCAGUGUAUUGAAUGCAAGAAAAUUAUUAAAUCAGAACAAAUCUUCAUUCAUUGGGACUUGCAUUUGAAAAUAAAAAAUGAUAAGAGAAAAGUAGAUGAUAACAAAGAUAGUGAUGAUGAAGCGGAAAUGAACUCCAACCUUACAAAAGAACUCUUAGAUAUGCUCUUAAUAAAGAAAACAACUAAUAUGCCCAGAAAAUGCAUUGUCUGUAACAAAACCUUUCGUAGACCAAGAGAUUGCAAGCGGCAUUUUAUCGUGCACCUUCUCUUCCAAGCGUUAAGGUCUAAAGUAAAAGACGACAACCAGUUACUGUGCCAGCUCUGCGGCGCUGACCAGAACAAUCCAGCUAAAUAUAAGGAGCACAUGAGGGAGCAUGCUUCCAUGGCCAUACAUAAAUGCCAAAUUUGCGCCAAAACCUUCAGUGACAAAAGCAACUAUUGCAAACAUGUGAAAGUGCACAAUCUUUAUUCAUUUAUCUGUGACAAGUGUGGUAAAAAAUUUCACCUGAAGAAGUGCCUAAUUGACCAUUUGCAAAUGCACGAAUCACGCCCGCCCGCCUCUUGCCUACAGUGUGACAUGUCAUUUUCUACCGGAUCAAAGUUGAAAAGACACUUAAAGUACAAACACAUGCGCGAUUGCAGGUAUUAUGCAUGUAUGAUAUGCAAGAAGAGGUUAGGGAGCUUGAAGGAGAAAUGGGACCACAUGUGGCUGGAACACCAAGAGAGGAAGAUCGAAGUGGACUGCUCUUUAUGCAACAUGAAAUUCAGAAAAAUCAGUGACCUCAAGCAGCACGUAAUGAAGGUACAUUUGUCACACUUAAGCCGUAAUAGUUUUUCAGAAUUAGUCAUGCUAAAGAGAGACUAUGAAUGA